AUGUAUCUAUCUAUCUAUCUUCCUUGUCUUUCUGUCUAUCAAUCUCCCUGCAUGUAUGUAUGCGUCUAUCUUCCUUUUCUUUUUAUCUAUACAUCCUUCUAUCUAUCUAUCUAUCUAUCUAUCUAUCUAUCUAUCUAUCUAUCUAUCAAGCUUUUUAUAUCUAGCAAUUUAUCUAUGAUUAGUUGUAUGCGUCGGGAUCUAUCUAUCUAUCUAUCUAUCUAUCUAUCUAUCUAUCUAUCUAUCUAUCUUUCUUUCAUUGGGCGGGUCAUCUUAAUAUGCCGAUCAGGUGGUGUUCUCAAGCGUCACAUGAAAGUUCACAGUGAUGCCAACACCAUGUCUAUAAUCUCGACCAAAGCCAAUGGUCAUGAGUGCCAAAUCUGCUACAAGAUAUGCAAGUCGCUGGCAGGACUGAAAAGUCAUCAACGGGCUCAAGGACGGUCAACCAAUGGAGGAGUGACAAUCGUCCGGCAAUCAAUAAUAUCUAUCUAUCUAUCUAUCUAUCUAUCUAUCUAUCUAUCUAUCUAUCUAUCUAUCAGUCUGUUUGCAUCUAUCUAUCUAUCUAUCUAUCUAUCUAUCUAUCUAUCUAUCUAUCUAUCUAUCUAA